AUUGGAGGACCUGUACAGCAGCCGCCGCCACCAAAGAAGGUGACUCCACAGUUGGCCACACCAUCAGUACCUCCGAUGCCAUCGAUGCCCGCACAGCGAAUGUCUGCAGAUUUAGACCACAAGACACGAAUCGCUCAAUUGACGGCUCAAAUCCAGGCCCGACUCGCAAAUCGUCCAAACAUUGCGCCCUCGGCUGCAGAUCAGGAUGAAAGCGGCGAUAACUCGAAAGUGGGGAAACCGACACCUCUUAUACUGAACUCUGAGGGCCGGACCGUUGACUUGAGCGGCAAAGAAGUACAUCUGAUCACUCGUAUGCCUACACUUAAGGCCAAUAUUAGGGCUCAAAAGAAGGAACAGUUUGUGAAACUAAAUCAAGACAAACAAACCGACGAUUCGGGCGAACAGCAGUUCUUUGACACCAGAGUUAGCCUUAAGGCUGCGAUGAGACCGAAGAAAGGGUUUAAGUUCUACGAAAAGGGAACCUUUGAAAACAUGGCUCAAAAAUUGAGGACAAAAGCACAAUUAGACAAAUUACAGAAAGAGAUCGCAUCGGCGGCCAAGAAGACGGGUAUCAGUUCUGCCGCACGUCUCGCUCUUUUAAGUUCAAUCGUACCGAAGAAACAAAUGAGAGAGGACGAGAUCCCAGACAUCGAAUGGUGGGAUAGUUUCGUAUUAAAAGACAACAGAGAGGACGAGAUCCCAGACAUCGAAUGGUGGGAUAGUUUCGUAUUAAAAGACAACAGUUAUCAAAGUUGUAUUGAAAACGAAUCACAUGGCAAUGAAAAAUAUGAUGGAAUCACACAUUUGGUCGAACAUCCCAUUCAAAUGAAACCGCCCGCCGAACCGACAAAACCUGUGUUAUUACCGGUAUUUUUGACACAAAGGGAGCGGAAGAAACUUCGGCGACAGAACAGACGCGAGGCGUGGAAAGACAAACAGGAAAAGAUUCGCAUCGGUUUAGAGCCGCCACCGGAGCCUAAGGUGAAGAUGUCUAAUAUGAUGCGAGUGUUGGGACAACAGGCGGUUCAGGACCCGACCAAAGUUGAGGCUCACGUCAAGGACCAGAUCCUGCGGCGCCAGAAAGCCCACGAAGAGGCCAACGCUUCCCGCAAACUGACUGUCGAACAGAAAAAGCAGAAAAAGACCAAAAAGAUUAAAGAAGACACGAGUCUUGGCGUUUGUGUCGCUGUCUAUAGAGUGCUUAAUCUCAUGAAUCAGGCGAAGAAGUUUAAAGUGGAGGCAAAUAUUAAACAAUUACUGAUGACUGGAGUGAUAGUAUUGUACCGUAACAUCAAUGUUGUGGUCGUCGAGGGCGGACCCAAACAGCAGAAAAAAUUCAAACAUUUAAUGUUGGAUAGGAUUAAAUGGGGUGAAGAACAGGCCUCUAAAGAUGGAACUGAAUCGGGAGAGAAGAUAGAGAACAAGUGUUUGUUGGUCUGGGAGGGGACGGCCAAGAAUAGAGUGUUCGGUGACGUGAAGUUCAAAUUGAGUCCAAAUGAGAGCUUCGCGAGAGAGCUCUUCAAAAACCAUUCGGUGGAACACUAUUGGGAUUUGGCGUACAGUAUGUCUAUAUUAGACGCCGCCGACGCCUAACACAUCACUAUAUUCUCAUUAACUCAUUAUUCAAUUAGAUUUUUAUCAUUCUAUUCAAUAAAUAUAUAAUUAUUUGAAAUUAUUAUAAUUUUCACAUCGAAAUUAUUUAAAAAUAAAAUUUUUUAAAAGAGAA